AAUCAAUAACGGAAGGUGUUACCGAUGAACCUACUUCUCAGGUCGAUGUUCAUGAAGGGAAAACACGAAAGUCAACAGAUGCACCGGUUACUCCAGUUCCUGAACAUCAAACAGAAAGUGUUACCGAUGAACCUACUACCACUAUUGUGGAUAUGCAUAAAGAGAAAACACCAGAGGCAUCCGAUGUACCUGUUACUCCAGUUCAUGAAGAUAAAACAGUUGCUACUGAUGCUCCCACUAUAACGGUUGAUGUUCAUCAAAAAGAAACAACAAAACCCACUGAUGCAACUACUGCUCCAGAUGCACCUGUAACUCCAGUUGAUGAAGAAAAAACAGAAACAAAAGGAGUUACAGAUGCACCUGUUACUCCAUUUGAUGAAGAAUCAAUAACGGAAGGUGUUACUGAUGAACCUACUUCUCCGGUCGAAGUUCAUGAAGGAGAAACACGAAAGCCAACAGAUGCACCGGUUACACCAGUUCCUAAACAUCAAACAGAAAGUGUUACCGAUAAACCUACUACUACUGUGGAUGUGCAUAAAGAGAAAACAUCAGAGGCAUCCGAUGUACAUGUUACUCCAAUUCAUGAAGAUAAAACAGUUGCUACUGAUGCUCCCACUAUACCGGUUGAUGUUCAUCAAAAAGAAACAACAAAACCCACUGACGCAACUACUGCUCCAGAUGCACCUGUAACUCCAGUUGAUGAAGAUAAAACAGAAACAGAAAGAGUUACAGAUGCACCUGUUACUCCAUUUGAUAAAGAAUCAAUAACAGAAAGUGUUACGGAUGAAUCUACUUCUCCGUUUGAUAUUCAUGAAGGAGAAACACGAAAACCAACAGAUGCACCGGUUACUCCAGUUCCUAAACAUCAAACAGAAAGUGUUACCGAUCAACCUACUACUACUACUGUGGAUAUGAAUAAAGAGAAAACACCAGAGGCAUCCGAU